GAGAUAAUUGUGAUAAUUAGUCAAACAGUUAGAUGCUGUAGAUCCAUAUUAUUAGAUUCCUGAGGAUCAACACUGAUAAUUAGUCAGAUAAUAGGAAACUGAUGAGACGGGGAUCAGUUCAUUAAGGUAUGGUUCUGUAGAGGAACUGCCCUGGGUGUAAUUACAGAUUUGCACCAGUAGGGAGAGCACUUUUCAUACCAUCUCAGUGCAGCUUUGAAGGAAACAGCUCUUCUCUUCACACACUUCUCUGCAUUAGCAUUAAGUGUGUGCUGCUGAGGAGCUAAGUGCAGAAAAUCACCAACUUCAAAUAAAAAGCACUGCAUGCUAAAUGUACAUGACAACCAAGGGCAACAGCACUGGACCUGUAUUCCAAUAAACACACCUGUAAUUAGUAUCAGAAACAGAAUUCUUCCAUUUUUGGCCACACUACGAUUCACUUGACAUUAGUUUAAAAUCAAACACAAGCUGAUUAUAACAAUAAGUUAACCUUUUUUACACUGAUGCCAGACACACUUCUCUACACAGGCUCUCCAAAGUGAAUAUUUAUGUAUUUUAAUGGUUUGGAUUAUUCCGUUUUAGGAGCAGAAAUGGUGACACUAGAAGCAUCACAAGAGCCAUUAAAUCGUUGAAUUAUUAAACAGAAUUAUGAAUAAAUAUGAGUGUGAAGAUUACUCAGAGGUAAUAUGAAAAUGUGACUUUCUCUCCCUCUCUCUGUCUGCUUUUCUAUCUCUCCCCCCCUCUAGCCUUCUCUCCCCGAGGCGCGUGCGUAAUUAGUCCAUAUUGUAACAGUCUGGUUAAACACACAGCUCACACACACAUGCACACUCACGGACACAUAACCGAAGUGUAUGUUUUAAAGAUUCAACACUCUGCUCUCUCUCAUUGUAUAUAUUAUAACUCUUAUUAUAAUGAUUCUUAUUUUGAAUUUUAUAAAAAUAAUGGAUGCACUCCUAACAAUCUGUGCUGCUGUAUAUUUUUAUCAUUCGUCAUCAAUCUUCAAUUUACAUAGUAAAAACUUUCUGACAAACUUUUAUUUCUCCUUUUUUUUUAUCCACAAUUAUGUUUAACAUUCAGACACACUGGACUUCAGUAUUUCCUGGUUACACUGCUCGAUGUGUGUGAUUUUAAACUUUAAGAUAUUUGCACUCACAAUCAUCUAAACAGCUCCAUGCGUUUGAUAUUCUAUUUAAGUCCUUUGGCUGUAGGAGUACUGCUGUUUACUAGCCUGUAUUCUUUUUUUUUUUAAAUUGUAAUUCAAUGUUAAUUAUUUUUUGCACCUAAAAAAUUAAAUCAAAUUCCGUGUUUGUGGAAACAAGUGAAUAAAGUGAACAAGAAUAAGUGUCGUUGUGGGUUUGGCAAAGAUCCCACAUCGAAGUUGAAAGAUGAGAACUUCUCGGAAGGUGGGCAGUGCAGGGCCGGGCAGGGCAGGUAUUGGACUUUAUAGUCUGAGGGGAGUUCCUUAAGCUGCAAAAACGGGCUUCCCCAAAGUCCCGCGCCAGAAGCCCCGGCAUUGUGGCCCGCGGUCUCACUCUCGGCUUGUCCUGGAAAACAGCGUCAGAGAGCAGCUGAGAGAUGCUGAACAUUUCAAACGUCUGGCGGUAGGCUGCAAAAGUUUCCACCCUGAAAACUCUGUCAUGAAGCCGCAGCAGCAGGAGGAGGAGGAGGAGGCAGGACUGUACACCUCACGGCGUGGCGUUCAAUAGGAAUUAGUGUGCUAUAGAAAGUUGUUACACAGAGGUAUCACCAAGCCUGGAAUCACAAUCUUAAUGUUUUAAUUUGAGUCUGAUGGAAGCUGAGUUAUUCUAUUCUGAGGGCCUGUGUUGUGUUGCAGGUCCAGCACUGUUAGUUGAAUUAUAUUUCUUCAUUCUUAAUUUCUCUCUGUGUGCAAUUGCGUGCGUAAAACAACACCAAAAACUGCUUCCUGGCUUCUAAUGAUUCCGAUUUUUCAGUGAGUAUAACUAACUUCCAGUUUCGUGUUUGAUUCAUUAUAUCUUGAGUAAAAUUAUUUGCAUCAUUUUGCGUGAAGUCUGCUCGAUGCAUUGAGGAUAAAAAAAGGUGGAAUUGAUGUCCUCUGAGCUGGAAGGAGGAGGCCUGCAGCUGCACACCACGGCGACACUUGAUGUAGUCAAAUCAGAAGAAGUUAUUGACGUGACAAGUCCUGACGGAUGCGCCGGUCAGCUCGGCUGCCGCGGGGAACAAGGGGAGAAUAAAGUGACCCUGUCUUCAGAGCGCCAUCAGCAGAAGCCACACAAGAUGACCCGGAGCCCCAAAUGCGCGCGCUGUCGGAACCACGGCGUGGUGUCGUGCCUGAAAGGCCACAAACGCUUCUGCCGGUGGAGGGACUGUCGCUGCGCCUGCUGCCUGCUGGUGGUGGAGCGGCAGCGCGUCAUGGCUGCGCAGGUCGCGCUGAGGAGGCAGCAAGCCGCGGAGGUGAGGAGAGCACUGGGGCAGGGUAAGAGGGGGGUCAGGUGUGCAGCUCCGUUGAGGAGGACGGCGUAUCAGCGUUACAGCCGAGCAGCCGAGCCGAGCAGCCUGACUGAGAGCCUCCUGCAGGGGCUCAAACAGACGGGGCCGCCGGAGGACGACGCCCCCUGCUGGUCGAAGCAGACGCAGCGGGAGCAGACACACUUCGCCUGUCCCUCCAUCAGCGCCCGCAUGAGGAAGAGGAGAGCCUUCGCCGACAAGGAGCUGGAGAACGUGAUGCUGGAGCGGGAGCUGAGGCAGAGGGAGCUGCAGAGCGACCUCUCCUUCUCCUCGUCCUCCUCCGCCCUCGUCCCCGUGCUGCACCCUCCACCUUUACCCUCCACGCCUAACCUGCACUGCUGCCUUCUCAACAAGGACCCCGGCGCUGCAGGGGCGUCCGCUUAUGUGCCUGUGUAUAAAUACAAACCUCUGUACGAGUGUGACUUUCAGUUUUAUCAGUUCUUCCAGCUGAAGAGCAGAUCUCCAACAGACUGUGACUUUUCACGUCACAAAUCGGAGCAAACGCGAGACGGAGAGGACGGGGAGAGGAGCCGGAAGGGAUGCGAGAAAAAAGAGCAACCAGAGCCGAUGCCUGAACCGUCGCAGCAAAGACUCGGACAUCACGGCAGCACUCCGUCGUGUCCAGACCUCGCCAAAAGCGCCUCAAAUGCACCUGAAAUGAUGAACUCGAAUGGCUCCUCGGUCAUCACACGCUCUAUUUCUGGAUCGGAUCAGGGUAUCAUGGGCGGGCUGGACGUCACCGCACCCAGCAGGACUUUUGAUCCCAGACCCCUGACGACUAAAUGCUGGUCUGCUGACAACCACACAGGCGCUCAUGCCGACUCUGUCAAGAGCCCUCAUGGCAGCUCAGUCAGGACUCCAGCUGUGAGGCCAUUACCUUUCUCGGUAGAGGCUCUGCUGAGGGCCUGACGGGCCAAUGGGAAGCAGUUUAGUGCACCUUGAUGUAGAACUGAUGUUGAGAGAGUAAAUACAAAAAUGACAAGUUGUAUUAAAGGCCUUAAAACACUUUGUUGCCGAGGGCUGGAUGCUAAAAUGUGGCAACAGGUGCAUUAUUCUUUUUU